AUGUCAGGCUACCCGGGGGCGAACCGACCCCAUGGCCACCAUCACACGAUGAUGCCCGACCCAAAUGCGUGAGUAACCAAGUCACCCAGGCAGGGAGGGGGUCACGGACUUUGGACGGGGAAGCUGUGCGCGAGCUGACACCCCACCUCCCACUCAUCUCAUUCGCACCCGGUCCGCGCCACCUUAGCUACAACAACUACAACUACAACAAUUAUGGACCACCACCCCCUGGCCCGCCUCCUCAGGGAUACUAUGGGGGACCACCCCCGCCUCAACAGUACGGGGCGGGAGGGGGCUACGACAACGGUGGGGGAGGAGGUUACAACGGCGGCUACGAGCAGCAGUCGGGCGGCUACGUCCCCACCCAACCCCCGAUCCAAAGCCAGUACGUUCUGACCUUUUAUCGCUGCGUCUUUUUUCGGAUCAAGUCCUCACCUUGUGAUUUUUCAUCCAGAUACGCACCUCCAAGCGGGUUCCCGGGCCAGCAAGCCCAGUACAACGGUCCCCCACCGACCCACUAUGGCGAGUUCGACCAGAACCAGGGGCCGUCUCGAUACCAGGGGGACCAGUUCCAAGUACACCAGCAACCCGUCGCGAACGCGCAGAUGUACUCCAACUGCUCCGGAAAACGUCAGUACUCGUUUCUGGCGCCCCCAAGUGCUGCCCAUCCUUCGUUCUGACCUGACAAGCUUCUUCAUCCCCUCCCGCUCUUGGUGGCUGUGCAGGCAAGGCCUUGUCGAUCGGCAUCAACUACACCGGCACCUCUAGCGCGCUCCGUGGCUGUAUCAACGACAGUGACAACAUGAUCAAGUUCAUCUGCGAGCGAUACCACUACAAGCGCGAGGAUGUCGUCCAGCUGACCGACCGACCUGGAUCUUCCAACAUGGAGAUUCCUACUCGCGCCAACAUCCUUCGGGCGAUGCAAUGGCUCGUUAGCGACGCGCAGCCCAACGACUCCCUCUUCUUCCACUACUCGGGCCACGGAGGACAGGCCAAGGACUUGGACGGUGACGAGGACGAUGGCUACGACGAGACGAUCUAUCCUGUCGACUUCAAGAACGCGGGCCAGAUCAUCGACGACGAGAUGCACGCCAUCAUGGUGGCCCGACUGCCACAAGGGUGUCGACUAACCGCCAUCUUUGACUCUUGCCAUUCUGGUUCGGCUUUGGAUCUACCAUACAUCUACUCGACUCAGGGCAAGAUCAAGGAACCCAAGUAAGCUUGCGAUCCGAGUUUAUGUUUUGGCCCUUUGGACGUCACUGACGCUUCGUCUCUCUUUCAGCAUGCUCGCCGAUGCAGGCCAGGGAGCAUUGUCGGCGUUCACAUCGUAUGCUCGAGGCGAUCUUGGUGGCGUCUUCAAAGCGGUGACCUCGGUCGGCCAGAAAGUGAUGGGCGGCAACAAGGCGUCGCAGAUCACGAAGCAGACCAAGUCGUCGAUGGCCGAUGUCAUCUCGUGGAGUGGUUGCAAGGAUUCGCAGACGAGUGCCGACACGAGCGAGGCUGGAAAAGCCACCGGUGCUCUCUCGUUCGCGUUCAUCGACUCGUUGACAAAGUACCCGCAACAAUCGUAUGUGCAACUGCUCAAUACAAUGCGCGACUCGUUGAGGGGCAAAUGUGAGUCGCGAUUCCCCUGUUUGCGCGUGUAAGGGUGCAGAAUCUAUCCUCAUACCUUGCUUUGCUAUCGACAGACGACCAAAAACCCCAGCUCUCGUGCUCCCACGAACUCGACACCAGUUUGUUGUUCGUCAUGUAG